UUUCAGUGUGUGUUUUCCGGUUGAUAAUUUCACAGGUUACCAGAAGAAAUGCAUCAUGAAUAAUUGGCAAUGGAUAUCUUUCAUUGUUCUAUUCUUCUAAUUGUUUUGAUAUUAGAAUUAUUAACUUCAUUUACCGAUGGAAAUUAUGGUAAACAGUUUAUUCAUUCAUCUGAGAAAUUCAACAAUAACAGACAAAGAGUUUAUGAAUUUGUACAACCAGUAUUAUAUCGAAAUGGACAGAGAAGGGAGACAACUCUUGAUCAGAAUAAACAUAUAGAGAAAGCAACAGUUAUAUUCAAUGCCUUCAAAAAGCGUUUUGUGAUAGAUAUUCAUUUAAAUAGGUUUUUAUUCACAAAGUCUUAUAUUGAAAAAACCUUUAAUGAAAGAAAUGAGCCUGUGAUAAGAAAACCAACGAAUCAAGUUUUGAAGCAUUGUUACUACCAUGGAACAGUUCGUGGUGUACCACAUUCCAUAGUGUCUUUGAGUUCCUGUAAUGGAAUAAGAGGACAUAUAACAGAUAAUGAACAAAGUUACUACAUAGAGCCAGCAGCAGAAGGAAGGUAUCAUAAGUUCUAUAAAGAACCAGAUACCAGACCCUCUGUACUUCAUUCUGAAGAUUUCAAAUCCAAACAUUCCAUAUACCUUAAUAAUGCCACAAUUAAUUCCUUACACAGAAAGGAAUUUUUACAAAGGUCAAAACGUAGUAUACGAGCACCAGCUGAUAGCAACAGAAAUUCUAAAUAUGUAGAAAUGUACAUCGUUAAUGAUAAUUCUGUUUAUAGACAGCAUAGGGGUAAUAAACAAAAAAUAUUCCAGAGAUCUCAGGAAAUAGCUAAUUAUGUUAGUAAACUUUACCAGCCUUUGAAUAUUUUCAUUGCUUUAGUUGGAGUAGAAAUCUGGACAGUAAAUAAUAGAAUUGUUGUAUCAAACUUAGCUAAUACUACGCUGGAUAACUUCCUUAGUUAUCGUAGAAAUUCCAUCAAUCCACAUCAUCCAAACGAUAAUGCACAGCUCAUCACGGGUAUUUUAUUUCAAGAUUCAAUAGUAGGCAAGGCCAUUAAGAUGUCAAUCUGUACCUUCCAGUAUUCUGCUGGUGUUGCAAUGGAUGCCACCAGUACCACUCAGGUAGCCACAACUGUGGCCCAUGAAUUGGGACAUAACUUUGGAAUGGAACAUGAUAACUAUUCAGUAUGUCUUUGUCCUGACCAGAAAUGUAUCAUGGCGACUACAGGAGGAGGAAGCAAAACACCAACGAAAUGGUCCUCAUGUUCCCAGACAGUAUUAAAUGAUAACUUUGAGAUUGGUUUAGACUACUGUCUUAAAAAUAUUCCGAAACAGCUGUUUGAUGCUCCAUAUUGUGGGAAUGGCUUUGUUGAGGACGGAGAAGAAUGUGAUUGUGGUUUACCUCAUAUAUGUGACAAUAAGUGUUGUAAUGCCUCAUCAUGUAAGUUGUUAAGUCAUGCCAGAUGUGCUACAGGCAGAUGUUGUGACCUGAAUAGUUGUCAGCCAAAGUCUGCAGCUACUCUAUGUAGAUUAUCACCAGGUGAAUGUGAUUUACCAGAAUUCUGUGAUGGGGAGACAGAAUAUUGUCCAUCAGAUGUGCAUAUCAUGAAUGGUAUGCCAUGCAGUGGAGGACAGUCAUACUGUUACAAUGGAACUUGUACAACACCUACAGGUCAAUGUAAACUGUUAUGGGGGUCUACAGGAAGAGUAUCAGAUCCAAUCUGUUUUAAAAUGCUAAAUAUCAAUGGUAGCAAGUAUGGUAACUGUGGUUAUAACUGGAUCACCAGGAGAUACGAAAGAUGUGACAAGGAGGAUGUUGACUGUGGAUUGUUACACUGUGUUCAUCUCAAUGAGAAGUUGAUGUUUUGGAGUGAACAGAUAUCACAUGCAACCCCUGCAACCUUUCUUACAAAGGGAGAUAAAAAGUAUGUUUGUCGAUCAGCCAUCAUGGAUGUUGGUUUAGAUAUGCCUGAUCCUGGACAAGUUCCAGAUGGGUCUAAAUGUGGUGAUCAUAAGAUUUGUUUGAAGAAGAAAUGUGUUCCCUUGAGUUUAGUAAGCACACCAACCUGUCCGAAUUGUCAUGGUAAUGGAGUUUGUAAUACAAUGGGACAGUGUCAUUGUAAUGAGGGCUUUGCUCCACCGUUCUGUGAUGAGCCAGGCCACGGUGGGAGCAUACACAGUGGACCAGUCAAAAUACAAAAGGUGAACAGUUUGAUGAUUGGAUUACUGGUAUUUUUCCUGGUUAUUUGUCCUUUGGUUUUAAUAGCUGUAGCUGUCAUCAACAGAAAGAAGUUAUAUUAUUGUUGGAAUAAACAAGUUGCUGUUAUAUUAUACAGGGUUCCAAAGUUUAAUAGAAAGCCCAAAGGUCCAAAGAAGAAUUUAUCAGAUGGUGCUUCUUGUGAACCAGUGGAGACUACUACACGAUUUAGAAAUGGUGGUGGGGUAGAUAUUUCUGGACCUUUACUAACUGAAAAAACUCAUGACCGACCAGUACAAAAGAAAAAGCCAUUUAUAGAAUUUAGAGCCAUGAAGCCAUCUUCUAAACCAAAACCUCCACCGAGAGUUAAAAGUGAGGCACUGUUGUCUGAUUCUGAACCAGAUGUGCAUAGGAAACUUCCAAGUGCCCCUGAUCUUCUUAAACAUGAUCCAAUAGUCAAGAAAGAUUCUUUCAAUAAGGAAAUUUCAAAACCAGUUUUGAUAAGUACAACUGACAGACGGUCAAAAGCCUUUGUAAGAGAAUCUAGUAAUGAAAAGUUAAAAGAUGCAAACAAAAAUAAUCUCUCCCCACCAGUGCCUCCUCAUGCCGCUCUAAAACCUUCACAUUCAGAUCCUCCAUUGAGGCCACCACCAAGACCAACAUCCAUGCCACCACCAACUGACAAUGAUAGAAAGGAGAAAAAAAGUCUAAGAAAGUCAAUUGUAGAUGCAGCACAAAAAUCUCCACAAAGACCACCUCCACCAAGAAGUAAUUUGAAUAGUACAUCCUUUAAUUUAGGUAAUGAACAAUUUGAUCCAAAUAAAAGAAAAAAAGAGAAAGAUAAACCAGAAACUUCUGCACCUCCAGCAAUCACAAAAUUUAAACCAGAAAAGAAAAAUUCUACCAAUGCUGCAAAAACUUUCAUGGAACUUAAGAAAACAGACAACGCAGCUGAGGCUAAAAAGCCCUUAAAAGUGCCAUCAGAGUUAAAAGAUAAAUUAAGUAGACCUGUAUUAAAGCCAAGGGAUAAACCAAGUUUAUCAAAAACUGGAGAUAAACCCAGUUCAUCAAAAACUGGAGAUAAACCCAGUUCAUCAAAAGCUGGGGAGAAAAAGAAUUCAUCAUCAUCUGGGCAUACAUUAAUUUCCUCUAGAGAUCAGUCAAAGUCUGAUGAAGGUACUGAUAAGCCCAGUGUAGCAGCCAUGAAAGCUAUGUUCGAUCAAAAUGACAGUCCAAAGAUGUCUGGUCAAGGAGCAGGAAACAGGCCACGCACUGGUCCCAAGCCUGGUUCUAAAGUCAGAAGUGUGAAUGUGUGAAUAUAUGCUAAAAUCAAUUGUAUCUAGCCUUCACAUCACAUGUGUUAUUAAAUAUGAUACAUUUUUUUUGGGAAAAUCAACUUUUAACAUAUCAUACAUAAAAUAACAUUGCUUCAAAUAAUUUAAAGAAUGAAAGUCUUUUUCUACUGGGCAAAUACAAAAUUGAGAAAAUGGAAACUUGAAAUGAUUUAUUAAUUAGAAAAAUUGUUGACUACACAUGUUCAGAAUUUAAGGACCAAAAUUGAAAGCUAUAAAUCAAAUGUUUGCUGAUGUUAUUUUAGGUCCAUAAUUAUAGAAAAUUUGCACCAUUUUUACUCAUUUAUUUCUCUUUAGAAGCCCAAUUUCUAUGUUUUAGUGUCACUAAGGAAGGUUAUUACAGUAAUUGGCAUUUUAUACAUGAAAAAAGAACAUUUCACUUUGAAUAAAUAUUCCAUAUUCUUAAGACAUUUUUAAAAUAGCUGUUAUAGAUUUACUUUGUAGAAUUAAACAUUUGUUUUCCUCUGUUAUUGUCCUUUGUUAACCCUAGAAAUGACUGUUUUACCUGGUGUAUGUUUGUAAUUAGCACGAAGAAAGAAGGUGUUUUAAAUUAAAACGUUUUCUGAAAAUGUGCAUUUACUACAUGUUUAUUUUUGUAUGCUGUAUUCAUGAGACAGCAAGCAAUAGUUGAGAACAUUAAUGCUGUUAUAUGUUUGAAACGUUUGUCUAUUAUUAAAAUGUAUCAAACAUUAAAUUUUCAAUUAAGAAAUAUUUUAGUAAUCUCAGGUAUCGCUUAAAGCAUUUAAAAUUUUUCAUUUUUUUAAGUUUAUUUUCUUAAUGAAAAGAAGAAACACAUUCAUUGGAUGAAAGGUUUUGCCAUAUUACCUUUGAAAUAGUAGGACUUUUAGUUUAUUAUCACAUAUGUUUUCUAACACAAAGUCCAUAUUUGUGAUAUUUUUUUACAUUGAUUUUGAAAGAUGAUUUAAUUUGAUCAUAUUUUAAAUUGCUUGAUUUAUUGUUUUAAAGGAAUCUCUAUUGGUGCAAUAUCUGAAACUUAUUUUAUUUUAUUUAAAUAUAUUAUAUUAAUUUUAAUUGAAAUGUAUUAUAUUGUCAUUGCAAUUUUAGGUUUGAUGAAUCAACUCCAUGUUACUAUGUAAUAAUCACUUGCCAAUAAUAAUUAUUCUGUAUGUUAUUUAUUUCUACUAAAACAGAUGAAUAUAUUAACAUAUUCAUUUAGUACUCUAAUAAAAAUUGAAAUCUCAUUCACCAUAAAAUAAUCGUUACUUAUAUCAUUUUCUAAUUUUUUUCUGUGUUGUAUGUGUUUUUUCCAAAGUUUUUUCCACAGACUAUUUAACUGCAAAAAAAACCCAAUCAUAUAGAAUAAUGUAUGAGCAAUGAUUUUUAGUCUUCCAAAUGAAAAAAAAAAUCAAAGACUACAAAUAAAUAUAAGUAUAAUUUUUUUAAUUCAAUACCACUAGAUGUUUUGUAAGCAACUAGCAAUCAGGUUUCCUACAAUUAACAGAUUUGUUUCUCUAAAAUUAUUCAAUUCUUGUUGUUUUUGAAUGGAAGGUACUGUCAUAUGAAUAGCAAACACAUAUUGAAUUGAGGCUGUAAUAAAUUUUUCUGCUACAUAUUUCAUGAUCACAAUGUAUGUUUAAAUGAACAUUGAAUUUAUGUUAUCAAAUUUGUGAAUAUUGUUAGAUAUUUUGAUUGUUUUAUUCUUGCCAAUGAAAUGGAGAAUGCUUAUGGGCUGUUUCAGUAGUGUUCUUUUGAAUUUGUCUUUUCAGAAACUAAAGGACUAUGGGUUAUCUCAUUGUUCGUACACCAAAAUGAAAAUAAUGUUACAUCAUUGGUUGAAUUUCAAUUAUUUAGAAAGUUUUUAACCAAUCACAAUGUUUUGGUGUACACUUUUCAAUAUAUUACCCAGAAUGUAUUAGAUUCUAAAACGACGAAUUAGGAAUAACACCUGAUGUCAUGUGGAGCAAAGUGUGCCAUGUAAUUUAUUUUAUUUUUCAAAGUUCAUUUUAAUCAAACCAUAUUGAAAGUCUGUCUCAAGAAGGAUCACCUUGUUAUUCCAUUAUUUUUGCAAAAACAGUAUUUUAUUUGUAGCAGUUCAGUUAAAACUCCCAUACACAAUCACAAUUGUUAAUUAGCCAAAUGUUUAUGGGUCACAUCAAGAAAUCUUUACUGUUUAGAAAAUUUUAAUAAUUUUCCAGCUGCAGGUCAUCAAAUUAAACAUUAUUUAAUUGCAUUGAUCUUUUUUCAACCUUUUACUUGUAUUACUUUUCCAAUGUAAAGUUCAAAAUUUGGAUCAAAUAAAGGAGGGUAGUAAUGCCCUUUAAUGUCAGGCAUCAAACAGUCAUUUUAGGCUUCCGUUAGUGUCAAAUUGGUUAAAAUUUUACCGUGAUUUGUCAAGGUCUCAAAUAAUUAUGGUAACUGUCAUUUUUGGAAAAAAAUUAACGUGAUUCGUCCAAAUUAGUCAAUGUUUUACUGUCUAAAAGAAUGUGUACAUUUUAUCCUCAUACCCCAAAACUUACUGUGAACAUCAUUUGUCUAGAACUUUUACCAUUAUUCUAUCAUGAAGGUACCCCCAUUAUGACCCUCAAAGGCAAACUUUGAUUUCAUGAUCUGUCAACUCUCUAGAUAUUGAUUAUAGGAUCCCCCCAAUACUGGAAAUAUUUUACUACUAUCCCUGGGCAGGGAGUUCAAACCUAUAGCUGAAGAGAAAUUUCUACCUAUAUCCCUUUCCAGAAACACCAUUUUGGAAUCCAGAAUUUCACUCCUAAGUAUGUCACUGAAGUAGGCUUUUCCAUUGUGAGGCAGUUUAACUGUUUUUGCAGUGCAGCUCAAUGAUGAGUCAGAAGUUUUUAAUCCCUGAUAGUAUUUGCUUUAUAUGAAUUUAAAAGUAUUUAAUGGCCUUCCAACAUAUUUGUAUUAAAACAAAAGUUUACAUAAGAAUUCAUAGUUUUUUAUUUACUGUUCAACGUUCUACUGAACUGCAGGGAACCAGUGUUUAUACUAGUAUAUUUACCAAUAUGGGAAGUACCUGGUAUCAAUUAAAUUUUUCACAAUUUUUAUAUGUUAUAUGUGAAGUUGGAUAAAAAGUACAAAUUUUUCCUCAUGAUAAAAUUGAAUUGCAAACUCUGAUAAGUUACCAGUAAUCUCAUCUAUACCUAAACAUGUGUAAAAUUUCAAAGUAAAAUGGAUCAAUAAAACAAAGGUUGAUAAAACGUUUUACUAACAUGUUAUUUAAGUGAAAAAUAUUUAUUUUUGGUAUUUUAUACUCCAUUAACUUUUGUCUUUUCUCAAAAGGUAAUUUAGCAACAACAAAAAUUUAUACUUUUGAAAAUAUUAGAAAAAAUGAUAUAAAAAAUCAAUUAACCUAACAGAAUAGCAUUAUAUUCGUAAUUUAAGUUUUACUUAUUUGUUCUAUGUACUUGUAUCUUAAAGAAGUAAGGCAUCAUGCAGUGUUUACCCAGAAUGUUUUCCAUGUUUCUAAUAUAUUGACUUUUCACAAUGGAGAUUUUAAUGCUCAUAAUGAAACUAUUAAUUUCCCGUUUUUUUAAACAAUAAUACUAGUAACUGUUUUAUCUCAUAAAUCACAGUUGAUUGUGUAUUGAAAAUUCUCUUUGUAGAGAAUGUUUAACUAAAUUCACUUUUAUUGUUUAAGAUGUAUAUUUUUAUUUUGAUGAUGAAAUUAUUUGUGUUUGAAUAGAUAAAAAGAAAAUUUGAUUGUGUAAAGAGAAUGAUGGAUUAUAAAAACGCAACAUAAUUAUCCAUGUUGUUCUUUUGAUUUAUUGUGCUUCUACAUUGUUUACUAUGCAUUUUUAGCUUCCAAACAUGUCCUGGUGAAUAUGUUAAAUUUUUCAGUUGUAUGCAUAUAUCAAAUCUUCAUAUUUAUUAAAAUAAAACAUAUUUGACUAUCUU